AAGAAAACAAGAAGACCAACCAAAAACCGUGCCCGAGCGCACGUUUGGAGGAUUUGGGAGCGAAGUAAAAGUACGCCUUCUCAAAGGAUCACUGGGAUUGGUGACUCCAAGGCUGUCUCCUGGAAGAGCUAGGGGUUGGAGAUUUAUAGACUAUGUCCCUAGGGUUGAGCGAAAGGCAAAAGAGCGGAAGGGACUCAACAGCUUCCCAAAGGUAGGGUAAGAAGAGGUCGGCGAUCGACAGUAUGGGGAUAGAGUGUAUAGGGACGCGCCCUACUUGGCUGGGCUGCCUGCCGCACCCUUGACCUCUUUCGCGCUCCCGCAGCCGCGGGGUGUCUGGGCUGUCCCAGUGCCAGAGGAACUCCUGGACACGAUUGGUUGUCGGGGUGAGCUGGUUUAUCCCUCCCCUCCACAAGAUACCUAGGGGACCCAACCUCCCUACUUCAGUCUCCACCCUCCUGGCUAGCCUGCUGUAUAGUCAGUCCAUGAUCUGGAGCUGCUCUCCACCUGCUCUGGAAGCAGGCGAGGGGCGCAAUGGAACAGCCUAGCCCUCAGUGCUCCCCGCCAGCCUCCGGCUCCGGCUCCCUGACCUCCCCGCAGACUAAUCAUUCUACCUUCCCGAAUCCCAACUGCAGCUCCCCGGAUCUGGAGCCAUACCAGGAUUCGAUUGCACUCCCUUGGAAGGUGCUCCUGGCCACGUUCCUUGCACUCAUCACCUUGGCCACUACGCUCUCCAAUGCCUUUGUGAUCGCCACCGUCUCUAGGACUAGGAAGCUGCACACUCCUGCCAACUACUUAAUCGCCUCUCUGGCAGUGACUGACUUGCUUGUGUCUAUCCUGGUGAUGCCCAUCAGCACCAUGUACACCGUGACAGGUAGGUGGACGCUGGGACAGGUUGUCUGCGAUUUGUGGCUGUCCUCGGACAUUACCUGUUGCACAGCUUCCAUCCUGCAUCUCUGUGUCAUUGCUCUGGACCGCUACUGGGCUAUUACAGAUGCUGUGGAGUAUUCGGCUAAAAGGACUCCCAAGCGAGCAGCGGGCAUGAUUGCCAUGGUAUGGGUCUUUUCCGUGUUCAUCUCCAUGCCCCCAUUCUUCUGGCGCCAGGCCAAAGCUGAGGAGGUGGCACACUGCUCGGUGAAUACAGACCAUAUACUCUAUACCGUCUACUCCACUGUAGGAGCCUUCUACUUUCCUACCCUGCUGCUUAUUGCCCUCUAUGGCCGUAUCUACGUGGAAGCCCGUUCUCGGAUUUUAAAACAGACACCCAACAGGACGGGCAAACGUCUGACUAGGGCCCAACUGAUUACCGACUCCCCGGGGUCCUCUUCCUCUGUCACCUCCAUUAACUCUCGAGCCCCCGAGGGAUCCAGUGAAUCGGGGUCCCCAGUGUACGUGAACCAAGUAAAGGUGAAAGUCUCUGAUGCUCUCCUGGAAAAGAAGAAGCUCAUGGCCGCUAGGGAGCGAAAAGCCACCAAAACGCUUGGGAUAAUUUUAGGAGCCUUCAUCGUCUGUUGGCUGCCUUUCUUUAUCAUCUCCCUGGCAUUACCUAUCUGCGAUGACGCCUGCUGGUUCCACCUGGCCAUCUUUGACUUCUUUACUUGGCUAGGAUAUCUUAAUUCCCUCAUUAAUCCCAUCAUCUAUACCAUGUCCAAUGAGGACUUCAAACAAGCUUUUCAUAAACUGAUACGGUUUAGGCGCACGAGCUGAAUCUUGAAGUGGCAGAGCGUUCACCAAGGCGCCUCUGGGGAACGUGCUUGUCUUGUGUCUGAUUCCACAGGUAAGGUGGACUCUUCUUAUGCUGGUGCUGUCUCAGAGAGAGGCUCUCCUGGGCCAGAGAAAGCGGUGCUGAGAAACCAGUAAGAGUCCGGAGGGGGCUCUGGAAGGAGAACCGUGCCUAGAAAGGGUAGAGCGAGAAGAAUCUAUUUGCUCCCUACACCCCCUGCUCCCCACACCUCCUGCCUUGCUAUUGACACUGCUGCUUUCCACCGCCCAUGGGGCUGUAACUUUUUUUUUUUAAUAAGCAUUUAAAUGAGAGAUACUUACCCAUUAAAGACCAUUGUAUGGAGUCAUUGUCAAUAGUCUUGGGUAUCUGGAAACCUGCGGAACUCCUAUCUCCUACCUGCAGGCAGUGCUUAUAAUAGAAGUUUAGCCUCCUGUGCUAGUGGGGGGAAAAGCUUGAUCACUCCCUUCUCCUACUCAAUCCAAUGAAACUGGCAAGUGUUUACUUCUCUCAACUCUCUCGUUUAAGUAUUUAAACACAGUCAGAGGAGCAUAUGGAUUUAAUUGUCUGGACCUUUAUUUUGUCUCUGCUGGAGGAGAAAGCCUGAAGAGUUAACUGCGUUGCGGAAUUCUGCUGUGAACAAUCCCUAUUGUUUUUCUUAUACUUGAAAGUAGCUGGGGGAUGGGCAGACUUGACCAGGAGAACAGAACUCCUUGGGUGUUUGUUUUCUGCAGAUGUGUAAUUUUAUAUUUCUGUUUAGCGAUUGUCAAGUCACAUCUAACAAAGCAAACUAAGUAUUAUGUGUGCUCGUGCCAAAGUCUGCAAACUGCUUAGUUUUAUUCCUAAUUCAUGUACCUGUCACUUUACAUAUUUAAAUCCCCGGUAAAUGGAGAGUAUGAUGGGUGACUCAGCCCAAAUUGCUGCUAUAUUACUUAUGAAUGCAAUCAUUUAGUGUUAGAUAAAUCCCUCCUUCACCAUGUUUAACUAGACAACUGUCUUUGUCUUUACUCUCUAGUCCAAUUCAGUGAAACCGAUUUGCAGAAGAGAGAUGAAAUAGCAACUCCUAUUGGUUAAGGGGGGGGGGGAAGGGGAAAGCAAGGGGAAAUGUAUAACCUUGACUUGUACAAAAUUCUUCAAAUGCAUGAGACAGUUAUUUGCACAAAUAUUCUUUUCACCUGACGUUUCCUUGUUAACAAGCCUAUGAAGUCACUAAGGGGACUACCCCCCCAACAGAAACAUGGAGUAAGAGCCCUAACAUCAGUGUUACUAUGGAAUAUUUGCUUCCUCAAUUAUUAUUUUGAAUGUAGCAAAAAACAAAGAUGAUUAGAAAAGGUCACUUGAGACCACAGGGGACAGCAAAAAAAAAAAAAAAGGUAACGAUAGAAAUAAUUUCUGUUUUCAGGACUGUCCUAGACAGUGCUUUUCAUAUAACUCUUGGAGGGUAAAAUUAUAUCACUCUACAAAGUCAUUACUGGGUAGAAGAAAUUAUAUCGAGAAGUGGUUUUGACUAGUAUUCAGAAAAAUCUGGUCCUGGUUAUGAUACCUUAUUCAUCUAUAACAAUUGGAAUAUUCUAAAGUUUUAAAUCUACAAACUCUGUUUAUUAGUUUGUUUGUGGUCUCAGUUUAGCUCCAAAGGAUCCAUUUUUUUCCUAGAUGUGGCCACAAAUUGAAGGAUGGAAAAUCCAUAACCUCAGUAAAUAAAACAUCUAUAAGAGAAUCUAUGUAGCAACAAACAAAAACCCUAUCCCACCCAUCACUUAAUAUGUUAGGUAAGAUCUAUCUUCUUUUGAGCUAUUUUCUGCAAGUCAACAUUUUUUAAAGGCUUCCCUUCCUGUUUGAAACUCAAGCAAAGGACAUUUUUGAACCGAAUUAUCAAAAUAUUCUCCCUACUUUCCUACUUUGCAGUCUUUUGCUGAGGUAAUAGCUCUUACCAUUACAAUAUUCAGAUUGUCAUAUGCAUCCUUAGGAUAAAGGGUAACUAACUGAUAUUACCACUUUGUCAUUGGGGCUGGAUUAUAAACUUCAGGGCUUUAAAAAACAUACAAACCCAUCAGUCUUAGAAGUCUUCCCAAGUACUUUUGAGCUUUCUCCCAUGGAGAAAUCAAACUUGGGAUGUUCAUAGGGCUCAAUUAUUUGUGUUGAUGUGAUUAAUCUAUUUGUAUUUGUAUAUGCUGUUGUAAAUGCGAUUGUGCUUCUGUUGGACAUAAGUGACAGUUAAGUCAAAUUCUAGCAGCCAGAGAGAAACUGUACAUUCAAACAUAUGUUGGUGACUCCCACGCAGGGAGUGACCAUGAUUAUAUGUAAGUACUGUCAGAACAUAUGGUCAGUUUAGUCAGAACUGGUUGUUUGCCACCAUGUAGAAAAAAACAUCUGAAGAGCUGAUUAUUUGACUGAAUUGGCUGGAUGUUGAAGUAUUGUGGGAUAAGUGAGUGUAUGCCAAAAUUAUAGUAAUAAGAAUUCUCACCUCAUCAAUCCACAUUGCACUUGAUUAUGCAAAGUGUAUUUCCAUGUAAUCAGAGGGGUAUAUAGUAAAGACUGUUAAACCCCUUUUCAGUUAUUGCUUCCUAUAGGACAGCCAUGUGCUUGUAUGCUAGUUCAGUCCAUAAAUUAGUUACAGUAAAAAAUAUAAAAAUGGAGAGAAGCAUGAAGACUUUAUGGAUCUUCAGCCAAAGUAAAAUGAAUAUAUUUGUUGGAUGUUGUAAGAUACAUUGUCCACAUUUGUAUUUGUAUUGAAUUGCACACUCAUCUUCGUGACUAUAUUAAUAUGUAAGCAUCCAAAAUGCCUAUACUGUUUUGUGUUUUCAGAGAUUUAAAAAUUUAUUUUUUCCUCCCAAACAGCCACAAUGAUCCAAAAAGAAUGGCUGUUUACUUGAAAACACUUUAUAAUGAAACAACAAUCUUCUACUUUGCUAUAUUUCUUCUUGGUUGUCUUUAAACAAAAGAUAGUUAAGAGAUUGCUAACUCAUUUCAGCCAUAGCAGCCCACAACAUAUGCAUUUAAUGGAUUUGCUGUGAUUGCAUUGCCUUUGGCAUCCCUCCUUUCAACAAAUGUGUCAUUGGAAAUGGAAUUUUAAAAAAAUGAAAUAAAAGUUUACUGUGUUCUAAGGAAGGAUUUGGUAAUGACUGUAUUAUUAACUGCAAGACUAGUUCACUUGACUUUU